CAGUCUUCCGUGAGCUUUGUCUCUUGUAUGUGGUACGGAGUUCGGACGCUCCCGGUUCUACAAGUCAGUGCGAAACUAUCUAAACCAUAUUUUACCACAGUUUAUAAUUUUAAAGUGAAGUGGUAAGAAAAUUAAAAAGCCCGAAAAUACUACUGGGAUUUUCGCGGGUACAAUGAACUUUGUAAUAAGAUGAUUUUUGUAACGGUGUUAAAAAAAAAAAAACUAAUUUUCAAUAUUGGUUUCUUAAUGGAUUGAUUGUUACGGCUUAAAAAAAAUUGAGCUACGAAAGCAAGAGGAAACGCGAAAUAAAAAAUAUUGUGUAAUAACUUACUGAGUAGAAUGGGAAUCAGCGGAUUUUCACGAAUUUGAGAUGUAAACUCUUAUCGACUCAUUCAAUCAGAACAGGCAGUCAAUGCAUUCAGAAAGAUUAAAUCUAUUGAAGUAAUACAUACUAUUGUGAUCAUUGAGAACAGUCAGUGCCUCGUAUCAAACAGUGAACUCUGUGUUUUUAAAAUGGCGAAUAAUGAGAAAAGGAACAUCGGUCGGACCAGAAUCGUGCUGUCACAGGUGGUAGCAUGUCUGGCAUUAGAUUUCUUGCUAAUUGGCCUGGGUAUGUCGAUCAGCUUCGUAACUAUGGUGGUACCGGAGGUACUCUACGCGAAGGAAGGAGUAUCAUUGGAUGAAAAUCAAGCUUCUUGGUUUGGUAGCUUGGCGUUUCUGUGCCAACCUCUCGGCAGUAUUUUCUCCGGUCCAAUCCUGGACUACUUCGGGAGAAGGAAAGCUUUGGUCCUGGUGAACAUACCUCAUCUCAUAGCGUGGCUGUUGAUGUACUUCGCUUGGGAUGUACCCUCGUUGCUAAUUGCGAACGCUCUGCUUGGAAUUGGCACAGGAAUUAUGGAAGCACCUUCCGUUACUUACGUUGGAGAAGUCAGUGAACCCUCGAUCCGCGGAACUCUGACAACGCUGACCAAUAGUUUCACAUCGACCGGCAUCUUCAUAGCAUUUCUUCUGGGCACAGUGUACCCGUGGCGUGAAGCAGCGCUGGUGUGUUUGAUUGCACCCCUCGCUACUAUGGUGCUCGUUCUAUUCGUACCGGAAACUCCGAUAUGGCUACUUUCAAAGGGUCUACACAAGGAAGCACAGGAAUCUCUUUGCCGUCUCCGAGGUUGGGCUAAGCCGGAAGACGUGAAAGAAGAAUUCGAGCAAUUAAUUCAAUACCAUGACAAAUUAUAUAAAUGCGUUACUUGUACGAACGAGGAAGAAGACUUAGGCGUCUGUCAGCACAAGGCGGGUGGAUUCUUUAAGAAGACUGCCUUUAAAAUUAAGAACGUGUUUUUGGUCAAAGAAACGAUACGCCCCUUUUUGUUGGUCGUUUCGUAUUUCUUGUUUCACACGUUGAGUGGACUGGCCCCAAUCAGACCGAACAUGGUUAACGUUUGCAAGGCUUUAGGAAUGAAAUACGACUCCAAGUCAAUUGUUGUGGUAGUUGGCGCUAUGUACAUUUUACUGAGUCUGGUCUCAGCGUCGAUAGUCAAGAUCAUCGGCAAAAGGAAGUUGAUCCUCGGAUCACUGUUAUCAACAGGCUUCGCCAGUUUGGGCAUUAGUAUUUACGCGAAACUUCGGAUACCCGCUGAAGUGUUCUCAUACGAGGUCGAAACUUUCACGGAUCAUAAAGAACUGCUGCCUGUUAUAUUGUUUAUGACGCUGGUAUGCUUCAGCAGCCUUGGUAUUCCGUGGGUGUUGCUAUCCGAAGUUUUUCCAUUUAGGAGUCGUGGUGUAGCAAUUGGAAUGUCAGCGGCCGUUAGUUACGUAAUUGUCUUCAUUGCUACAAAAAGCAAUUAUAAUCUAGAAAAGGCUUUCCACCUUAGCGGCGCUUUCGCAGUUUACGCCACAUUUGCAUUUAUAGGAACAAUUUACCUUUACUUCUUUUUACCGGAAACAGAACUGAAGAGUUUAGAAGAAAUCGAAGCAUUUUACAAGAGCGAUAAAAUCAUAUUUGCUGAUGAUUUUCUCAUCAACGCUUUCAGACAGAAGAGGGAUCUUAAUAACGAAUCCACCAAACCUAUGCUAGUCACUAAAAGUUAAAUAGCAUUUCACGUAAAGCUGUUAAAAAUCAUCGUUGCUCAAUAAAUUAAUAAAUUUGUAAACUUUAUGGAAUCAUGGUUGAUUAAAUAUGUUAUGUUUUCAUAAAUUGGCAUUAAAUUCCAUAUAUCUCGAGACUGGCAUGUCUAUGAUAAACGCUCGAAAUCAGAACCAUAAUGUCGAAAGUGUCACUUUGUAAACAGGCACCUAUCAGCUUUACCGUUGUUAAGUUUACUUUUCGUUCAAUCCUAAUUCGAACCAUUGACCUAAUUGCUCUAAUUAUCACAUAGACCAGAAGCUGUAUUCGAAGAUUUUAAAACGCAAGCGGUUGUUUUCCACAGCCUUACAGACAUAUCUCCACACUCAGUCGUUUUCGCAAAGGAAGUCUAAUAAAUUCUAUCCGAUCUUUUUUUUUUUUGUUGCCUAGUUGUGUGGACGAGCUCACAUCCCACCUAGUGUUAAGUGGUUACUGGAACCCAUAGACAUCCACAACGUAAAUGCGCCACACACCUUGAGAUAUAAGUUCUAAGGUCUCAGUAUAGUUACAACGGCUACCCCACCCUUCAAACCGAAACGCAUUACUGCUUCACGGCAGAAAUAGGCAGGGCGGUGGUACCUACCCGUGCGGACUCACAAGAGGUCCUACCACCAGUAAACCGAUCCCGAAAAAUUAGCUCGAUAAAAAAAUCGGAUGUUUUGUUGCUUUGCAUUGUUUCAUCUUGCCAUAUGCGAGGAAAAGAUUGAAGACAUUUUUCUUAAACUUAGCACCCGUAAAUUUUGUUUUGAAAGUAAUACAUACUUUUUUUUUUAUGAUUUUAGUAAAGAUUGUAUUUUAAAGUUUUGAGUCUUAUCAAGUUUGUGAGAUUAUUAGUUAGUCUAUAUUAUAAGGAUUACUUUUUAAUACUUUAGACCUGAUUUCAUUUAUAUUUUAUUUAAGAUUAUAUAAAAUCAGCGUAAAGUAAAAAAUAAAUAAAAUACUGUGUUAAGUUAAGUAAUUGUUAAAAGUCAAUAAGAAAUUGUUUUCGAAAA